AUGACCUACCGGCAGCACCGCGACGCCGAGGAGGCGCUCGACAUCUUCGAGAACCCGGACGGAGGCGGCGGCGCGGGGCCGGGUGACGAGGCCGGCGACGAGGAGCGGGAGCUGGCCCUGCAGCGCCCGGGGCCCCACGAAGAAGGCGCGGGCUCCGGCACCGGGUCCAGGGGCUGCCGCGGCUGGCAACCCCGCAUGUGGGCACUCUUCGAGGAUCCCUACUCCUCCAGAGCGGCCAGGAUGGUGGCCUUUGCCUCUCUCUUCUUCAUCCUGGUCUCCAUCACCACCUUCUGCCUGGAGACCCACGAGGCCUUCAACAUCGACCGCAACGUGACGGAGAUCCUCCGCGUGGGGAACACCACCAGCGUGCGCUUCCGGCGGGAGGUGGAGACGGAGCCCAUCCUGACCUACAUCGAGGGCGUGUGCGUGCUGUGGUUCACCCUGGAGUUCCUGGUGCGCAUCGUGUGCUGCCCGGACACGCUGGACUUCGUCAAGAACCUGCUGAACAUCAUCGACUUCGUGGCCAUCCUGCCCUUCUACCUGGAGGUGGGGCUGAGCGGCCUGUCGUCCAAGGCGGCCCGAGACGUGCUGGGCUUCCUGCGGGUGGUGCGCUUCGUGCGCAUCCUGCGCAUCUUCAAGCUCACGCGCCACUUCGUGGGGCUGCGCGUGCUGGGCCACACGCUGCGCGCCAGCACCAACGAGUUCCUGCUGCUCAUCAUCUUCCUGGCGCUGGGCGUGCUCAUCUUCGCCACCAUGAUCUACUACGCCGAGCGCAUUGGCGCCCGGCCCUCCGACCCGCGGGGCAACGACCACACCGACUUCAAGAACAUCCCCAUCGGCUUCUGGUGGGCCGUGGUCACCAUGACGACGCUGGGCUACGGGGACAUGUACCCCAAGACGUGGUCGGGCAUGCUGGUGGGGGCGCUGUGUGCGCUGGCCGGGGUGCUGACCAUCGCCAUGCCCGUGCCCGUCAUCGUCAACAACUUCGGCAUGUACUACUCCCUGGCCAUGGCCAAGCAGAAGCUGCCCAAGAAGCGGAAGAAGCACGUGCCUCGGCCGCCCCAGCUCGAGUCCCCGAUCUACUGCAAGUCCGAGGAGACCUCGCCCCGGGACAGCACCUACAGCGACGCCAGCCCCGCCGCGGCCCAGGAAGAGGGUCUGGUCGAGAGGAAGCGGGCAGAUUCCAAGCAGAAUGGAGACGCCAACGCCAUGCUGUCGGAUGAGGAGGGGGCGGGCCUCACCCAGCCCCUGGCCUCCGCCCCCACCCCCACCCCGGAGGAGCGCCGGGCCCUGCGCCGGUCCGGCACCCGAGACAGAAACAAGAAGGCGGCCGCCUGCUUCCUGCUCAGCGCCGGGGACUAUGCCUGCGCCGACGGGAGUGUCCGGAAAGAGACCUGCCAAGACGCUCUCUCGUCCAACUAUGCCCAGGCCGAAGUCCUCACCCUCUCUUAACGCGGCAGCAACGUGAGAGAGACAGGCAGACAGACAGAAAGCCAGAGGCUUAGGGGGACUCUGGAACCCAGGCAAGGACCUUCCGCUGGGCAAGACUUGUUGGCACAGGACGGAUGGAAAAGCUCCCGUCUGACCCCCGGGGCCCGGAGCCAUCCGGUCCGACGUUUUGUUCUGUUGUGAUUGAAGAGAUAUAUAUGCACAUAUAGCAUCUAUAUUCAUACAUACUGUACUCGUGUGUGUAGUGCACGUGCUAUUGGUGGUCUGUCUUUGUCAGGCCGUCUCCCCAAGCCCUUGCUCCUCCCCCAGGCCCCCCUCCCUUCCCUUCACUGAUUCCCUGUUCGCGUUGUACGUGCCGCGUGUGGAAUGUCCCAGGAAAAGUUGCCUGGGGACCGCCCGUCCAGCUGGGUGGGCCCAGGCUAGACUCUCCCUGUGGGGGUGUUUCCCUGUGGGCCGGUGGCCUGUGCCAGGCCAGGCUGCCCCCGGGGUCACUGCCCCACCAGCCCCACCCCACCCCAGAUUGGGGUUCUACCUCCCACCCCACGCCCCAGUUGUGGGGGGACUUCCAGGGGCUUCUCUGCAGCUUCUUUCACCCCUGCCCCCCUUCCCUGUGUCCUUGACUGAGGGGGCAUUUUGGGUUUUUUUAAUCUUUGGUUUUUCUGUCUCCCUCGUCCGUGUGUUUUCAAUGAUGCUGCCGGGCAGACAGGCAGGGAAGGGGCCUGUCUGCCCACCGGGCUCAGGGGUCUGAGAAGGGGAAGCUUCGGGCGAGUGGAGACCAGUUGCAAUACUGUACUUCCUGGCCGGUGGCCAGAGGAUGCGUGCAAUAGCGGAGGCCGGGUGACCCUUCGACCUUGGCCUCUGCCCCUCCCUCGGCUCUCCCUCCCCGCUCCUCGCCCGCCCCGCCCUUCCCUGGCGUUGGUCCUGGUGUUGGUCCUUUUCUAAAGCUGCCCCCUCCUGUGUGUCUGAGGCAAGCCUAGGCCAGGGCCCUGUCACCCUGUCUGCAUGCCUUCGACUGUCAUGCUGUGCUCGACCCUCAAUAAAGACAUCUGGAGCGUCCAGCUGCUCCUGCGUGUGAG